AUGGUGCUGCUGGCCGGGCCCGGGCCGGAGGGCGGCGGGGCGCGCCGCGUGUCCCCAGAGCCACCGUCCCCACCCCGGGACGCGCAGGCCGGGGAGGACCCAGCUGACUAUGAGGAGUACGAGGACUUCUCAAGUCUGCCCGACACCCGCAGCAUCGCCUCGGACGACUCCUUCUACCCUUACGGAGACGAGGAGGAGUACAGCUCGGUGAGCGCGGAGAGCGCUCCGGAGGCCGUUCCGGAGGGCGUCCCGGAGGCGGCGACCCUCCUGCGCGCCGCCUGCGCCAACGACGUGGGGCUGCUGAGGGCGCUGGUGCGGCGGGGGCCCAGCGCCGAGGAGGUGCAGGAGACCGAUCGCAACGGCCGGACCGGCCUUAUUGUCGCCUGCUACCACGGCUUUGUGGAUACCGUGGUGGUCUUAGCAGAGUGUCCCCACGUUGACGUCAACUGGCAGGACAGCGAAGGGAACACGGCCCUCAUCACAGCGGCCCAGGCAGGGCACAUCACCAUCACCAACUACUUGUUGAACUAUUUCCCCGGUCUUGACCUUGAAAGGAGGAACGCGUUCGGGUUCACGGCCCUCAUGAAAGCCGCCAUGCAGGGCCGGACGGAGUGCAUCCGAGCCCUGAUGCUAGCAGGGGCGGAUGUCCAUGCCAGGGACUCCCGCCGGGGAAUGUCCUCCCAGGAGUGGGCUACCUACACUGGACGGUUUGAAGCGGUUCGGGUCAUCCAGAGGCUACUGGAGCGACCCUGCCCCGAGCAGUUUGGGGAAAAGUACAAGCCAGAGCUGCCACUGGCCCCGGAAGCGGGUCAGAAGCCCGCGGGCUCCAAGAGCUGCCUGCAGAAGCUCACGGAUUUUGUCCGGUCCACGCUGACCUCCCGCUCGCGCCAAGGCCUGGAGGACGGGGGAGCCCUGGACCACAUGGUCAAGAUGACCACGAGCCUCUACAGCCCCGCCGUGGCCAUCGUCUGCCAGACCGUGUGCCCCGAGAGCCCCCCCUGUGUGGGCAAAAGGCGGCUGGCGGUGCAGGAGAUCCUGGCGUCGCGCGGGGACCCGGACACGCAAGCCCAGGCGAGGGGCCCUGAGCCACAAUCCCAGACCUCCCAGGCCGCGGGGGUCUCCAAAGAGCAGGCCCCCCGAGCCGGCCUCGCGUCUUCGCAGCCGCCGGCCGCCCCCCGGAGGGCCAGCCUCCUGCCCCUGCAGCUGCUGCGGCGGAGCAGCGUGCGACCCGGCGUGGCCAUCCCCAAGGUGCGCGUCAGCAAGGCGCCCGCGCCCACCUUCCAGCCCGAGCGGGCGGCCCGCGGCAGCACCAAGGACAGCAGCCACCUGCAGCUGCCCAAGUGGCGGUACAAGGAGGCCAAGGAGGAGAAGCGGAAGGCGGAGGAGGCGGAGAAGCAGCGGCUGGCCGCGGCGCAGAAGGAAAAGCGGACGUCGUCCUGGAGGAAAAGGACGUGA